GCGAUUCACUGGCUCCUCAACCAGAACAUACUCUUCCUGCCUGUUUACUCCAACAGAAUUUCGUCGACUAGCUCAAACUUCAAUACCCUUGUUCUAGCCAGCACUAUGGAACCUUCUACCCCUUCUCCACCCCUUGAGCCGCCUGGUUCACCAAAGUCGACAGAAUAUGCGCUUUCCUCCACCGAUGUCAAACAGGAACCAGUCGCUUGUAUAUUUUGCCUGAACGAUCUCCGCCGAGGCACAUUUUGGACAGAUGUAUGCGAGGAUGUUGCUCGCUUGAACCCUUGCAAUCAUACAAUGCAUAACGAAUGCCUUCAAUUGUGGUUGGAGAGGGCAAACAGUUGUCCCCUUUGCCGUACCAACUUUCACGAAGUUAGCGUCUCGAGAGCUUUGGAUGGUGGGUCAUCUACAUCGCCUAUGUCUAAUCGAUCAAAGUUUGUUAAUUGUUAAUUUUCGAAAUAGGUGAAGCCGUCCGGACAUACCGUGUUGAGGACAAGAUACAAGUCGCAGACGAAAUCCGACCGGAUCCUGGCCCCCCGCCCGCCGCUCAAGGGCAAGCAGCUGCCGCAGCCCAUUACGAGACUUUUCACGCCGAAUGUAGUCACUGUUAUCUGGGCGAUCGUGGAGAAACUGUUCUAUGCGGCUUUUGUGCGAGGUUCUACCAUAUCAACUGUCUGGAACCCCAACGACCUGCUAGCGUUUUGAUCUGUCGGCGUUGUGCCUGGCGAGAGCGGAGGGCCGUAAUAAAUAAUGGCGACCCCUUUGGGGGUAAUCCUCUUCGGACAAGAUCACUUUCUAGGUCUCAGCGCGCGACGUUGGUAGCUCGAGAACAGCUUGCUUGGGAAUCUGCUUGGGAGCGUCUUGAAGCCGAGCAUAGCCCACGGGAUGACGACGAGGAUGACGAUGACGACGCGGAAAAUCAAAUCGUCUCAAUCCUUACCCGAACUAAUAGGAGACGAGCAGUUGCUGCAGCCCAGACAGGAGGAUUGAGCACUUUUGUUGAACCGGUGGCCUGGACGGAACCAGUUAGGAGGACCAGAACCGCAUGGCCGCAAGAACCGAAGGUUAUUACCAAAGAAGAGAAAGAGCUAUGGGAUACUUUUGAAUUGGCUCUAAAGGAGUCCCAAGAUAGGGGGAUACAGGAGGAUCGGAACCCACAGGGUGAUCCUUGCAUAGGACCAUCGGAGAAGAGGGAUGGAGAAUCUAGUUCUGGUCCCGACAGGAGUUCGGAAGAACGUGAAGAGGAAGUACGGCGGAAGCGCCCCCGCACUCGACGUGACUCGCAAUUGUUGGUCAAUACUGGCGAUGGCCCGGUUUUGAGGAGCCACACGGUGCAUACAACUCCGAUAGCCAUUCUCUCAAACGUUCGCCAGCCCCCUGUCGGUGAAAGUACAGAAUCCUCACCGAGCGCCUAUUCACAAAUCAUGUCUUACAUCGAAAAAGGCUUGGAGUAUUCUCCACUGAGUACUGCGGCACCAGUUGAUGGCGUAAGACCGGCACCGAGUUCAGGUCGCCGGUUGACUUCCCCAGAAAUCGCUACAUCACUCUCCCCGUUUGCUGUAGGCUCACCGCCCAUGAGCUGUCCCGGCUCCCCAAUUUCAGAGGCCUCAGUCAGGAGAAACCCUGGGAAAGUUUCCUCUCCAACGCGCCGAACGCCCGCAUCUCCGAUACGGCCAAUGUUCUCUCGUGCUUGGGAGAGACCUCGCCCCGCCUCAUCUCCAAACGGACAGCCUUAUCAAGCCCCGUCACCACCAUCGGGCAGCGACUCUAGCGGUAAUGAGGACCAGCAGAAUUCUCGCAAGAGAAAGUCAAUCAACUGCCUAACCCCUGAGGCCAAACAGGGCCUUGCAAGCGUGGUCACAUCGAUCUUGCAACCAAUGUACCCUACAAUGAUUUCGAAGCAAGAGUUUACGGAGAUCAACAAAAAGGUUUCCAGACAACUAUAUUCAAUCUUCAACAACGAAAAUUUUGGAUUGGAUGAUAAGGAGAGGUGGAAAAAGGUUGCGCGGGAGCAUGUUUCGGUUGCACUAAAGCAUCUCUCCAUUUAGUUCUUUUCUCCUUUCUCAGAUAUCGGGAGCACUCUCCGCAUUAUUCUAAGUCGGCGGGGCGGCUCUUCUUUUCGCAAGUCUUUUUUUUUUUGCCAAUUGGGUUUAAAUGGGUUGAGGAUGGGGGCUGGGGUUUAUCAUUUUUACGGCGCAGAUGGGAUGGGUUAUGGUGGGAAUUUAACGUAGCCGUUAUUUUCCUAGAUAUGUCUUUUUCUUUUCUCUUUUCUUUUUCCCCCUUCACUCCUUUUGUAUCUUUUCGCCUCUCUCCCUCCUUUUCUCUUCUUUUCAUCUACUUCCCUUUUGUUUCUCUUCUUUCCCCAUCCUUUUCGGGAGAUUCCUCCAUUUUAUCCUCAUCUGUCCCCAAUUCCUUGUUUCCCCCUUCGUGUAUAUAUAUGAUUUGGUUCUUUUUACGCCCCCCCACGCCAGAUCGCCCACGGCAAUUGCGGCAUGGAAAAAAUCGCAUGCCAUCGAGACCGGACUAAUUGUCAUUACUUACUUUCCCCCUUGGGCAUUGGUAUACCUUUUUUCUAGUUACACGGCAAUACUAUGGCUAACAAGUAUCAUCUAACACCGCAGCAGUAGUAGGAGUCCUAUCUAUUUCGACCUAGGCAUAUUUUGAUUUUAUUAUGGUCAACCUUACGUGCGUGCAUCCUCCCCCGGGAGCGGCCAACUGGUAACAUGCCUGGUAGACGCACCUCGAGGGGGGGCGGGUGCGGAGGGGGCGAGCACCCUAAACAAAUUUGACAUCUCAAAUCUUGUGUGGGGCCUCGCUCCUCCUCAUCUGCUCCCCCUCCGGAUGCGUUUGGUCUCUGGGGGUGAGGGGUUGCCGCCGGGGGAGACUCUAGAAUGAGAAUUUAAAGGCGGAAGACUAAAUGAGGCGUAGAAAUCCAACGUAAAGCAGAUGUAACCUUCAGAAAAUUACCGGUAUACCGAGUGGGGUUAAACCCGGGAUCGACACCCACUGCAUGGAUAUGAAUGCUAGCGACUACAGCUCAUGCGUAUACACCUACCACCACAGCUGCGAGUGCUCGUAACUUUUAGUAGUAGUCUGAGACGGCUGGAAGGAAAAGUACCCAAGGUUUUGAGCUACCGGUAGCUAUUCUAACGCAUACAGUCCGUUCAGGCUCAUUCGCCGAGUUUGUUUCUUUUUUUGUUUUUGCCCCUCCUCUCACAGAGCGUACUAACAGAUAAGCCUGCAGCAUAGUGAAGGAUACAUUCUACGGAGUGCAAUUUUCCUUGCCUUCGAAGUGUCUCCUAUAGCGCCCUGUUCUUUGCGCUACCCUACCCUGAGGGCCGGGAAAAAUUGAACCUCGCGCUAAGACGUCAGGAAUUCCCCCUCUUUGGAUAAAGGGGGGAAUCACACCGAACAAAGCAGACUUUCGGCCCUCCGCGAGAUAAAAAGAAAAAAUAUAAUAGACCUUACCAGCUUACUAGGAGAGGUAACUCCAGCAUCCUACGAGUAGAGUGAGGUUCAACAUCCUACCGCAGUCCUCACGGCACUCAGACACCAGGGUUAGUCCGUGGUCAUUCCAACUAGAUGGUCGUUCCUGAUAUGUAGCUGGGCCUGUUGAUUGCGGGGAGAGCAAAUUCCGUGAACGUUUGCGAUUUUUUUAUUCGCUAGAAGGGGUAUCUAUGGGAGUUUUGCCAAUGUACAAGUAGUAGGAAGAGUGGUGGCGGGGUUUGUAGGAUUUAGUCAUGCGAUAUAAUGGAUUGAAAACGAGAU